AUGAUAAAAUGCCUCUUGACGCCCAACGGAGGUAAUGAAAAUCCAGACCUGCCCUUUCGCCCACUCCCCUGCCUGGGUGUUUGCACCGCAGCACCGGGCCUGGGAAGGGGAGUUCCCGUCUCAGAUCGUCAUUGUCCGGUGGGAAAUCCACUGAACGAGAACUACAGUGGACCAGAAAGUGCUACCGAGACAAAAACUAGUAUCAAAAAGCAGGAUUAUAAGGAUGUUACCUUCUUUCCUCGACAAUCUCACGUAAAACGAAACCAAGAAAAUACCAACAAACUUGCCCCACUAGUGUGAAAUCUCACCAGCUCGGUUCAAAAGCGCUUCGGUGCCGGUCCCCGGGGCUCCAGCUGAGCCCCUGUCUCCCACUGCGGGCAGGGCCCGCGACCAACAGGAGGAGGAGGAGGAGGAGGAGGAUGGCCGGACGCCAGUACCGACGGAAAACGAAUGAUUCCCGCCGAACCCUGCUCGCACAGGGGGCGAGAAGUAAAGCGGGAACCCGGCUAACCUCGGCUGGGGCGGCGGGUCCCACCUUCACUGGAGAUCCUAAGGCAACAUGCCUCCCAAGAAGCCUGAGCCUAAAAAGGAGGCUGCCAAGCCAGCUGCGGCCCCAGCUCCAGCCCCGGCUCCUGAGCCCCUCAAGGACUCUGCCUUUGACCCAAAGAGUGUGAAGAUAGACUUCAGUGCUGACCAGAUCGAAGAAUUCAAAGAGGCCUUUUCAUUGUUUGACCGUACUCCAACCGGAGAGAUGAAGAUCACCUAUGGGCAGUGUGGGGACGUGCUGCGGGCCCUGGGCCAGAACCCCACCAAUGCAGAGGUGCUGCGCGUUUUGGGCAAACCCAAGCCUGAAGAGAUGAAUUCCAAGACGCUGGACUUCGAGAUGUUCCUGCCCAUCCUGCAGCACAUCUCCCGCAACAAGGAGCAGGGCACCUACGAGGACUUCGUGGAGGGGCUGCGGGUCUUUGACAAAGAAAGCAACGGCACAGUCAUGGGUGCUGAGCUUCGCCAUGUCCUUGCCACCCUGGGAGAGAAGAUGAGCGAGGCAGAGGUGGAACAGCUGCUGUCUGGGCAGGAGGAUGCCAAUGGCUGCAUCAACUAUGAAGCCUUUGUCAAGCACAUCAUGUCCGGGUAGAGCACCUUUCUCCAGGGUGCUGGGCCCUGCGUGAGUAAGCGAGAGACCCACGGUGGCUGCUACAGAGCGUUGGAUUCACACGGCUUCUCAGACCCAAACCUUUCCUGGAAAUAAAGAGCCCCAGC